CUGAUGAUUCCUGUCAUUAUCGUAUCCAUUAUUGUUCGGCAAUAGAUUUUGAAAAUCUUGUGUUUUGGAUUUUCAGUUUUGAGUAAAUAUCGUAGCUAUCUAGUCAUCUGUCAAGUUAGAACAUAAGCGAAACUUUGAGAAAGCCACAUGAGGAUUUUACAUACAAUUUCAAAAAAUACUUUUGAAGCGUACAGAUGUUCGCUUCAAACAAUUCAGCUUCCACAUGAGCAGAACCGGUCCAUCCGCGCCGAGGAUGAGAAAUGGGACGAAUUCGUGAUACCAGAAAUAAAAGUGCUUGCUUUGCAAGUAUUGGUCAAGGGAUGGAAAGAGUAUCCAAUUUUAGAAGGUUUGCCAACUUGCGUCGACAGAUAUACAUUGGUAGAAAUGCUACCAACAGAUUUGCCAUUCGAGCUGGUUAUCGUAAAAAUUCCCUACGAGCAUUAUUGGGAGCGAGCCGCUAAAGACAGGUGGACGCACAACAAUCCUGGCGAGCAUGGCAACUCUUGGCGACAACUUUAUUGCGAACGCCAUUUUGCUGAUUAUUUGGAAAAUCUCGAACCCGCUUUCUUCGAGGGACAACAAGAAGCUUGCAACAACUUAAUUAGCCUGGUGCGAAAUUACAUCCAGACAUUGAAAAUUCGACGUCUCGUACCCAGCAACACCUCAUCAACCGGGCCAGACAAGGACGACGAGGACAAAUUACCAGCAACCGAAUUGAUUGUGCACCAUAUACCAUUAAAUUUGAUCUUACCAAAGUUUCAUCAACUUCGAGAAUUGUAUAUAAAUUUUGGAAUGAUAUACAUGAAUGACGGUUUCGAGUGGCGAGACUUUGAAUUUUCGGUCGAGGAUUGCGUCAAACUGUCACGUUGUCUCAGUGACAGUUGUGCGUUAAAAAAAUUUUCUCUAACGAGAAGCAACCUGGAUCAGCCACGUGUCGCUGCACUUUUACGAGGAAUAGCAGUAAAUAAUCGAAUUGAAAUCCUGGAUUUGUCUCACUGCAAGCUCGGCGACACGGGCGCGCAUGCAGUUGGCGAAUUUUUGACAAAGCACAGGCGCCUCAAGGAACUUCAUCUGGCGAAUAACAAGAUUGGCGAGAGUGGAGUCGCUGGAAUUGUAUAUGGACUCUUACAGCAGAACUCGACUCCAUUGAAACAUCUUAAUUUACGGCUAAAUCCACUGCGGGAUGCAGGCGGCGCCCAUAUAUGUGGAUUUUUACUUAGGAAUAAGAACAUACAGGUGCUCAACUUGAGCGGAUGCCAAUUCACUGGGGAGACUGGAGUAGGAAUGGCGGAAAUUAUCGCUUCCGGAUACAUGAAAUCCUUCACGUUGGAGCUCGACCUUUCGAAUAACGACUUGGGUCCGAUUGCUGGGGAGGCUUUUGAAGUGGGGAUGAAGACAUGUUCCGUGAUAUUAAAUUUGGACGUGAGAAUGUGCAAUUUUACUAAGGAAUCUGAAUAUUCCAUCAGUGAGAGUAUAAUCAGAAAUCGCGAGGACAAGAAAAGAGAAAAAUUAGGAGCAUCUACUGCAAGACAUAGCAGUGUGUACGUACCUUUACGUGCGAAAAGCUUACAACCGCCGUCUGAAUAUAAAGCAGUGCAAGAGCGAAAAGAAUAUGAUUGAUGGAAAAUCAAAAUUUCGUUUUAUCAUACUGUUCGAAAAUCAAAAUCAAAAGUACUAAAAAAUAGUAACCUCGAUUUCGAUUAACUGAUGAAGUAAAUUAUCUAUUCAAAUUUACAUUAAGUCGUUCCUUUUUA